AUGGCUGCCGCUGAUACCCUCGAGCCGCCGCUCGACACAGCUCGACACAUCCGCUACUGGCAGCGCUGCUUCCGCUCGGUGCUCCCCCACCACUACACCAGCAACGACAGCAUCCGCCUCACCCUGGGCACCUUCAUCAUCUCCGCCCUCGACCUGCUGUCCGCCUCCACGCCCGACGCCCCGAUCAUCACCUCGGCCGACCGCACGAGCCUCCGCGCAUGGAUCCUCAACCUGCAGCACCCGCACGGCGGCUUCUGUGGCUCGCCGCACCACGUCCUGCCCCGCCGCUAUACCACGGCCUUCGACUGGGAAAAGGAGGUCGAGGUCGCCCGCGACCCGGCCAAUGCGAACAUAGCAGCCACAUACUUUGCCGUGCUGGCCCUGGGCAUCCUGGCCGAGGGUGACGGCGCCACCGCUUAUGACGGUAUCGACCGGGCCAGGACCCUCAGGUGGCUGAAGAAGCUCCAGAGGAAAGACGGCAGUUUCGGCGAGAUCGUCACAGGUGAUGGUUCUGUCGCUGGAGGUAGGGACAUGCGGUAUUGCUAUCUCGCAGCUACGAUACGCUGGGCGCUCGGGGGCGCAGAGGGCGGCGGCGCCCACGAUUUCGACGUCGACGCCCUCGUGGGACACAUACGGCGAGCCCAGGCGUUCGACGGGGGCAUAGCCGAGAGUUCCACGCACGAGAGUCAGAGCGGCUACGCAUACUGCGCCGUGGCCUCGCUCGCGCUCCUCGACCGCGCGAAUCCCGACCCGUUCGCGCCGCCCGACCACUACGUCCGCACCGGCAUUCCCUCGAUACCUGCCCUCGUCCACUUCCUCGUGCACCGCCAAGUCGCCUACCUCGACUCGGGCUCUGACGAAGACGAAGAUGAUGACGACAGCCCUAACCACCCUCUUCCCGACCUUGCCUCGCUCUCUUCUCCCGACCCGCCAGCACCACGGGUAUCCGGCUUCAACGGCCGCCCAAACAAAUUGGUCGACACGUGCUACGUGUGGUGGAACGCCGCCGCCCUGACGCUGCUCGGCCAGGGAGGCUUGAUCGACCUCGAGCCCGUGCGACGCUUCCUAAUAGAAAAGACCCAGCACCUCAUCGGUGGCUUUGCGAAGCACCCGGGCGGCCCGCCCGAUGUGUAUCAUGCCUACAUGGGGCUUGCGGCGCUGGGGACCAUGGCAGGUGAUGCAGUGGAGCCAGGACUGGGGAAGUUCGAUCCCCGGCUUUGUGCAGGGGCGGACGUGGCCGGCAAGAUUCUGAAGGCGAGGGAGGCAUUGAUAGCUACGAGCCAGGAUGACUAA